AUGGGAUUGUGGACGCUCCGCAUGGGCGACUCGAUCAGGCAUUGUGCUGAGGUGUUUGGCCAGAAACGUCUGGAUACAGUUACGGGAUCGUUACGGACUCUUGUCCUGGCUCUGUUGUCAGACGAUAUCAUCGAUGAAUGGAUCAAGAUUCCCUCUGCCGAUGAGCCAGACCACCCCCAAAUCAAAGACUAUUCACCACAUGUCUUUGCAGGGUGCAGAGGGGCGCUUGAUGGUACUCAUAUAGGGGUGAAAGUACCGAAAAGAGUGAGAGAUGUUUACGUCUCAGGUAGAAAGGAUGAACCGACCAUCAACGUCUUUGCUGCCUGCAACUUCGACUUUGACUUCAUUGCAAUAUAUGCUGGUGUAGAGGGAUCUGUGCAUGACUCAAGGGUACUUGAAAUGGCCCGGGCAACAGGCAACUUUGCAAUGCCUCCUGGUCAAUAUCUUUUGGGUGAUGCUGGUUAUGGACUUUCAACAGAUGUCCUCACUCCGCAUAGAUCGGUCAAGUACCAUACAUGGGAGCCUGGUGCUGUGUGA